AGAAAUUGAUGAAGGAAGCUGCCGAAGAGGACUACGUCUACCUGCCGGAUGGGAAAGACGAUACUGACCAAGAAGUAUUACGAGCGGCGAUGGAGUCAAUAUCACUUUCUGCGGAAAAUCGUAUAGAUUCUGGAAAACAAAGGCGGAAAGCGAGAGAAGCUCUCACAGAGGUGUAUGCUGCUAAACCCGGAUUGCAGUCUUUGCCUUUCAGCCAUAAUGAUGACUGCCAUGAAUGCCAUGAAGGCCACGGACAUGAUGGGAAUGGCGCGCUUGAAUCUGCUCAUUAUGGGAUAGCCACGGCCACACUCCCUGAUUACGAUGGGCAGAGAGUGCCUGGCAACUAUGUGGCUGCAUCCGAGGAGCAUAUUUUGCCAACGCCUUCAACGUAUGAUCUAGCUGUGCCUGCCAACUACAUUGUCACUGCACCCCCGAUUGAUCUUGCGACAACUUCCUCUUAUGUCGAACCUUGUCGAAUCACCAAUUACAAUGAGCCUUUACCUUUGGAUUAUGUCACGUCCGCGCCUCUGACCAAUCUCGCAACAGCUUCGGCUUACGUUGAGCCUGUUGCUUCAGACCAAAUCUUUGCCACACCUCCAGGUGAUGUUGGAGUCGCAUUCUCAAAUAAUGCCUCUAUCGCACCUAUUUUCUACGGGAAUACCUUACCCGUGGGCUAUGGCGCAAUUGCCUCUUCAAAUUAUGAUGCAUCUCUCCCAUUAGGCUUUUCUACAACUGUGCCUCC